AAAAAAAUCAGAAACCUUAUUAAUAAUUUUCACAAUUGGCAGUGUAUUUUUUGGCAUCAUUAACAUGCACCAACAAUUUCUCCAUUUCACCACAAUGCGCUCUUCUUCUUCCUCAUCAAAACCGUUGAAAUUACAAUCAACAGCAAACCCUAACCCUAACCCUAACAAUUCAAUUCCUUGUAAACACUCGCCCUCAGCAACCCUAGACAUUUUGAUCUUAAUUCUCGUCUUAUUCUCCGGCAUUUUCCUCUUAAUUUCAUAUUUCUCCUACAUAAUCCGCUCUCUUACGCUCCUCCUCUCUUACUCGUCGCUCAAUUUUAAUCUCACUCUCACUCUCUCUACUCCGAUCAUCCCCUACCUCUGCGGCUUCUUGUCGCUGUUUCUGAUCGUGAUUAUAGUUAUCGAGCUGUGUUGCGGUCCGAGAUCUCGGAAAUGUGUGAAGCCGGGGUGUAAAGGCUUGAAGAAAGCGAUGGAGUUUGAUUUGCAGUUACAGACGGAGGAUUGUGUGAAAUCGUCGUCGGCCAAGGAUAUUGAUAAGUUGCCGUGGAAAGGGGGGAGUGAAGGGAAUCCUGAUUAUGAGUGUUUGAGAGCUGAGUUGAGGAAAAUGGCGCCGCUUAAUGGGCGGGCUGUUUUGCUUUUUAGGGCGCGGUGUGGAUGCCCUGUUGCUAAAUUGGAAGGUUGGGGUCCUAAGAAAGGCCGGCGUCAUAAAAAGGCUUUGGCAAAUGUGACUGCUAAUGGAGGAGGAGAUCAUCGCUAAUCAAUUGUGACGAUUCAAGUGUUGAAGCACACUUUUAAAGUCUCCCCUUUUACUUACUAUCUUGUUUACAUUCCAGAUUUUGAUUGUUAUUUCAUUUUCUUUAGAAAAUUACACUUUUCAGUGGAACAAUUAUAUGAUCCCUUGAUCUGGCAGAGGCUGUCCGUCAAUUUAUCUGUACUGUACCUGCACAUUUUCUGGGACAUUGUUCUCAUUUCUGGAAAGAUACAUCAAACUCAAUAGACACUGUUUCUCCAUAUCUGGAAGAAUAUACAAGUUUAAUGAAUAAAUGCAUGGGAAUAUUUACCUUGAA